AUGGGGCACUGGAGCGAAGUGCAGCAGCAGCAGCUGCAGCAGCAGCAGGAGAAGCAGCGUCUUCUGCAGCAGCUACAUGAGCGUCAGCAGCAGCAGGGGCAGCAAACUGUACAGCAGCAGCAGCAGCAGCUGAUACCGCAGCCGGAUGCAGCAGCAGCAGCAGCAAAAGAAGCAUCCAAGCUACCUUCUGUACCAUAUACCUGCAGCAGCAGCAGCAACAGCAGCAGCAGCAGCAGCAGCAGAAGUUUCUUUGAAUGGCUUAAGGCUAAUGAUGAUGAGCAGCUAUGGCGCUGCGCAUGGGGAGCAGCAGCAAGCAGCAGCAGCAGCAGCAGCAGCAGCAGCCCUAUAACUGUUGUUGAUAUAGGCUCACAUACUAUUCGUGUGUCUCGAGCAGAGAGGGGCCCAGAGGGAGAGGAGCAGAGUUUAAUCCUUCCUCAAGUUAUUAAGAGACCGUGGGAGACAUUAGGAGAUGGUUAUUUACCUGAUUAUAGAGGAGUUGUUCGUGAUUGGGGUGUAUACGAAGAUGGUCUGUUGCAUGCACUUACUGCUGCAGAUCCAGGUCUACAUGCAUCAACACCACCACCACCACCAACAACAACAACAUCAGCAUCAGCAGCAGCAGCAGCAGCAGCAGCAGCAGCAGCAGCAGCAGCAGCAGCAAUGGAUACACAAGCAGAAGAAGCAGCAAUGGGGUGA